GGGAUGACCUCGACCUCAUCUGCACGUUACUGCAGGUGGGGAAGCGCGCAGGGUUUGGCGGCGAAUGGCGCUCCGCAUGUCAGGACACAGGAGGAGGGCUGCAGACGGGAUACCGGACGCGCUGGAUUUGACACCCCUUGGCGUCACCCUCAGCGGCAGUGGAACUGUCAGCAGCGGAAGUAGUAGCAACACCAGCGGCAGCAGCGCCUCCCCCUCCUGCUCCCCCUCAUCUUCCUCCCUCACAUCCGCGUAUUCCGCACUUAGCCGUACAGCUCUGAAUCGCGCCAGCUGCCUCGUGGGUGCCUUUUGUGCAGAGGCCGCAACAGCUGCCGCAUCUCCAACCGCCGCCGCCGCAACUGCUGCAGCUGCCUCUGCUGCAAUGGCCAACGGUCACGGCCAUGCACAUGCUUGUACAGUUGGGUCCUCUGGCCUGACCCAUGGGUCACGAGGUGGCGUAUUGUGGGGAAGCAAAGAGUUCAUGUUUGAGCGGUAUCCGCUGUUGCUGCACGCGGCGCGACGGUUCGGCUACCCGCUUCAGGCUCUCCGGCUGUACGACUACGCAGAUGGGUUGCAAGACUUCCUGGCCACGGCACCAGGUCACGAACUUGCCUCCCUGGGACCCGAGGGCCUCGCCCGCGUCCUCACAGCCCUCGCCUCCAUAUCCUGUUGGUGCUGCCGGGACCCCCACUGGGCCGCGGCCUUUGAGCGCGCCUGCCUCUGCCUGAUAGCCGUACAAUUCGAUCUGGGUUACACGCACCCAGAUCGCUGGUUGGGGUUGCUGCGGGCCACGGUGCAAGCGCUGCCGUACCCCCUACCCGGUCUGGCUGCGGCCAUGAGGUCACUGAUGGUACGGCUGUGCGACGUACGGCGGUACGGUUCGUACGUUUGGGAGUUGCUGCCGUUGGUGGAUGUGUUGGAGCGCAGGGCAGCUUCGGCGGCGGGGAAAGGGACCGCGUCGGGAGGGGUAGUGGGCUCCUCCAUGCUACCAGCAGGACGCCAGCAGCAGCAAAUGCGGGCACAGGUGUGCGGACAGGGCUCAUCAGCAGGCAGGACCUACAACCGCAACCACAGCAUCCGCAGUAAGCACACCAGUGUCAGGAGCUUUGGUAGCACGGCAGCUGGUGGUGGGGUUGCUGCUGCCGCUGUUGCUGCGGGGGGAAGCCCCUAUCGUUGGCAGCGGACGGCUGGGUACCCGGCUGCCGGCAGUGGGCAAUCGAGUAGCGGCAGUGGCAGCGGUGGAGUACCGGCAAGCGCACGCAAGGGCACUGGAAGCCAGGUUCCUUGCCGGUGCUUGUCGCCCCCGCCCGACCUGUCCUCCCACCUGGUGUCAGAUGAGGAGUACGGCCGCUGGCUAGAGGAGGCGGGUCGGGUGAUUGCGGGGAGCAUGGUGGGCUGGUCGGAAGGGCG